GGGUGGGCGCUUUUGGCCCCACCCGGCUUCCGUAGCCAGACUCUAGUCGCUGGUACCCUCAUUGAAGAAAGUAUUCGCCUGUUACCAGCAGUGGUGCCGCAUCCUGAAGAUAUACUCGCAAGUCUACUGAGGACUUUAACCAACUGAAUCCUGAAAUGGCAUCAUCAGCAAUGAUCACCGUCCCCACCACCGCCUCACGCUUUGCCCUGCUGCAGAUCGACUCGGACUCGGACUCCGACGCCUCAGACACGGCCAAGACUGCAACCAAAAACGGAAGGGAUUCGUCUGGAAAGUCGCGGCCGGGAAAAGCUGGAUCCACCGGUGGAAAAGGGGCUCCGGGAAACGACAAGAAGAAGGACAAGAGGAAGAAAAAGAAGGAGCAACAGCAGAGUGAGGCAAACGAGCUUCGCAAUCUAGCUUUUAAGAAGAUUCCACAGAAGUCCAGUGCCCCACCUCCUUGUGUGACCCUGUCUGGAAUAGCCAGUGAACUACUCAAUACGUCACCAGGAAGUAUGCCUUCAGAAGGUUGGCAACAAUGGAAGCAAAGGGACGAGCAGAUGACUACAGAGCUGUAUGAGGCCGACCUGGAAAAGGCUCUCAUGCUGAGUAAAUUGGAAUUUGAAAAACAGAAGCAGACAAACUCACAGAGCAACACAAACACAACCUCACCCAAAUCUCGAGGAGGAAAAGAGGGAGGAGGAAAGAAGGAGAAAAAGAAAAACCAGCAAGCAAAAGACAAGAAGACGGUGUCUCUGCAGGAUUUCCAGUCUGAUGGAAAUGCAGAGCAGUCCAACAGAAGGCCAGAAAAGGAGGACAGUAGAUCAGGUGUUCCUGGGACGGGGACAGGACCGGACGAGCGCUUCUUUAACAAGCUGGAGGAUGACGUGACCAGAAUCAUCCAGCGGGAGAAGAGACUGGAGCAGUACUCCAACAGCCAGGGACAGGAGGCCACCCCGGAGCCUGAACUGGACCCCCGUUCAGAGCAACUGAGGUAUGAGCUGGAGAAGAAAGACCAGGAAAUCAGUCAACUGAAGAACACAAUCUCACAGUGGGAGAUGAAAUACAAAGAAGUGAAAUUAAGAAAUUCUCAGCUGCUUAAAAUGCUGCAACAGGGAGAAAUGAAGGACAAAGCAGAAAUUCUGCUGCAGGUGGAGGAACUGCUUCAUAUCAAAGAGGAGCUGUCAUCACAGGUGUCAUUACUGCAUGCUGCUCUUGAGCAAGAACGAUCCAAGGUCAAAGGUCUCCAGUCAGAACAGCCCAAACAUCAGGGAAACAAGAAAGGGAAGAAAGCCUCAGAGUCGGAGCCCUGACACUCCAACAGGAUGACCUGACAAAAAAAUGAAGGAAAACACUUCUGAUCAGAUUUUUUUUAAUGUCCCCAUCUGAUGCAUGCCCUUCCAAACUCCUGAGUUUUUUUUUGAAGCUUUUAAAAGUGUUUGAAUUAAAACUGCAGAAUGGUUCGCAGAAGGAUUCUGCAUCUCUGGUACUGUUCAUCGCUGUGUGCCUGAUCCGUUUCUGUGCUGUCCAAACAGAAAUGUUGUAAAAAUGGUUUUCCCCCUCACUAUUAAAGAAAUUAAUUUU